GGACACUUUUGUGAGAGUGGAUCCGCCACAGAGUUGGCUUGCCCAGCAGGCUCAUACCAGGAUGAAUUUGGAAAGGCUGUCUGUAAGGAUUGCCCAGAGGGUUUCUAUUGUGAUGCAACCACCCAGAAUGACACAAUCUGUAGUCAUGGUGUCCAGAACCCACUUGAAUGUCCAUCUGGUCACUUCUGCCCCAAUGGUACUAAAUUCGCUCUGGAGUUCCCAUGCCCUGCUGGAACAUUCAACAAUGUUACACAGUUAAAGGCUGAAGCAGAGUGCCUGCCAUGCACAGGUGGCCAGUACUGUGAAACAACUGGACUUACCAACCCUACUGGACCAUGUCUCGAGGGCUAUUACUGUACUCUGGGGGCAGCGAUACAGAAUCCUUUGGAUAAUGUGACUGGGUCUGUUUGUCCCCCAGGGUCUUAUUGUGAGGGAGGCUCCCCCAGCCCAACCCCCUGUCCAGCAGGCACAUAUACACCAUCUGAAGG